CAUUAGCUAAUGAUGGUAUUGAACAUUUUACACCUCAAACAGAAGCAAGUAUUGAAAUUGUUGAAGAUGAAAUUUCACAAACUUAUGAGGAAUUAUACAUCCGUUUAAUAAAUGCAACAGAAAAUGUGCUCGAAAUUCUUAAGGAUCAGCAAAAUAAAAAGAACUUUAGGUGGAUAAAAAAUGUUAAAAAAAAUUUUAAACCGAUGGAACAAAUGGUAUCUGAAAUUCAUUCCUAUAAACGAAGAAAAGUAAUGCCUCGAACACUUAAAGACCAUACAAAUAAUACUUUAUUUUUUGACUAA